ACCAGUUUAACCAAGGAUGUGCAAUACUUGAGUUGUGGGACUUUGUGUGAAAUAUAAAUCAUACAGGACAAGAACCAUUACUGAGAUUAGUUCAGCGUGCAGUGAUGCUAAAACUGCAGAGCGGAGCUGUGAGAGCAGUGAUGGACAUGAGUUUGUUUGUGCUGCUUCUGCUGUCAGGGCUUCUGUGCAGCGCUUCUGGUUUUCAGCGAGAGUAUUACUACGUAAAUACUAAAAUGUCAUGGUCAGACGCUCAGAGAUACUGUAGAGAGAAUUACAAUUAUCUGGCUACUGUAGACUCUAUGAAUGAUGUGAACAAGAUGAUGAAUACAGUGAAUGAUGGAUACAGUGGAUCAGUGUGGAUUGGACUGAAGAGACCAACACAGCGUAGUUGGGCUUGGUCUAUGGGAAAUGAAACUCUCACAGAGUACAGUGCAUGGUGGGGAUCACAGCCUAGUGGUGGUGGAGAUUGUGUCUUUUUUGUGUAUACAGCUUGGUACGAUUAUUCAUGUGCAACAAAUUUAGACUUUGUGUGCUAUGAUGUAGAAACUACUGGAUACAUUUUAAUAACAGAUAGGAAAAACUGGAGAGAUGCUCAAAGUUAUUGCAGACAGUAUCACACUGAUCUGGCCUCCAUCCACAGCCUUGAGGAGCAGAACCAGAUAUGUUCUGUCUCUGGAGAUACGCGAUGGGUCUGGAUCGGUCUGUCUUCUGACUCUUGGCAGUGGUCUGAUCAAUGGAGUCUCUCCUUUACAAACUGGGCAGCGGGACAACCAUCUGCAUCUGGUGACUGUGUUGCCAUGUCAACAACUGACUCUGGAAAAUGGAUUCAAAACAGCUGUGUUCUUCAGUAUCCAUUUAUCUGCUACGAAGAGGCCAAGUUUGUUAAAAAACAGACUGUCAGAUUUUAUUUUUCCCAUGAUGGAGAAAACAGUCUGACUGAUUCUUCUCUACAGACUGCCAUCUUCAAUAAGAUAAGUGAAAAGCUGUCCAUUGGGAUACUAUAAGAGCAUAAGCUGGAGAAAGAAUGAAGGCGGAGAGGUGUUUCUGAGCAAACACACCGUGAAUUUAAAUAAUACAUGUAAUAAAUACUUUAAAUGAACUUUAUUAAAAACAUGCAUGGAGAUACAUCUUUUAUGCUCUUUUAAUCAUUUCACCAUGAUGAAACGUCAAAAUAUUUUUCUAGAUAAUUUUCUAGCAAGCUUAAGGUCUUUAUGAAUACAAUGCAGAAUUAUGAUGUGGUGUGUAGAGGAGAAUAAUAUCAUGCCUGUAAUAAAUUGUGAAGGAGAUUUAAAUAUGCUCCUUGAAGCAUACUAUGAGUUCCAAUCAGGCAUAUAAAAAUUAUUCACAAAUACGGUGCAUAGUAAACAGACAUUGUAUUGUUCAUAAGGUUAUUUUAGGCAGGUGACUGGGUGAGAUUAAUGCUUUUUUAUGUACAGUACUCACAACGUUCUACUAACCACAAGUGGACUGGAUAUAGGUUUUGGAGGUAGACAAUAUCAUUCACUCAAUUUAAAAACCUUAGUCCUCUUAAUGAUAAGAUUAAAACGUUUGAGUGUGUGUGCUUUAGACAAAAUAUCUGACGAUGAAUAUAUUUAUAGCUUACAAUUACAAGUAUGUACUGUACAAUUAAAUUAUAUUCAAUGAUUAUGUUUUUGUUGUUAAAAGAACACGCUUGUGUGGCGUGACGGCAGUGGUGCUCUGAUAAUACAACCAAUUUUAAUACUCAAAGCAAGUGCCCUAGUGCUGUAUGACAUGUGAUGUGCAUUUCUUUAUGGAAAUUAGCUAUUUGAAUAUUAAAU